AUGAAAGCAAACAAGGUAGCUUGCAACGGCCGCGGAAGAGGAAGCGUUUGGCGAAGCGGCAGUUUGCGCAAGCAAACGAGCCUGGCCACAUUCUCUUCCUCGCAAACGUACUUGGGCACCUUACAAUCCAACACCAUACGGGCUUUGGAAACGCGGGCAGCUGCUUCACAAGGACCCCCCUAUUUCAAGAAGAAGCGCACGGAGAAGAAAAUCUCCGAAGUGUACGGCAAAAGGGUUACAUCUUUCUCGGCGCUCGAGGCGCCUGUCGUUAUCUCUGCACGCGUCAAUACACCGCCCGUCGUCAAGAAGCCUGGCGUCAAAAUUCAAGAAGCCGUCGCUCCCGCGGAUGGCGAUGCCGACGACAGCUGGGUGCUGGAUUCCGGUUCCCAGUACCACAUGUCUCCCGAUUCUACGUGCCUCUGGAACUACCAGAGGAUCGACGGUGACAUGUUCGUUGAGAUCGCGGAUGGUCUGUGUCCGAUGCCUAUCUUUGGCACUGCCGGCUCGGUCAUCUGA